AUGAAGCAUCUUGUGGAUGUAGUUGAGUUACCCAUGGAGACGUGUCUGUCACAGCUGUUUCAUUUUCGAUGCAGCAUCACGCCAACAACAGAGACGUUUCGGUUUGACAACCUUAUUUACUUGGUUUCCUUUGAAAAGCUACCUGACGUGCGGUUUACGAUUAGCACGGUAGGCGAGAAACUCGUGUGGGUUUCACCCAUGGAGGCCAUGGCGAGGUUUAAUGCCGGUAUCAUGAAUAUGCCUACGCCAAACGUUAUUGCGUUAUCAGAGCUUAAUAAUGAGUGUCCUACCUUUGCGGAUGUAAUAAAGUGCAAACCGCACGAUGCAUAUCGCUCUGUGCUCCCUGAACUCUACCAUCAUUGCCAAAGCAAGGUCGCCACCGUCCUUCUUCCUGGUGACAUCAUGCACCCCAUCACCACGGAAGAAUACAAGGCGGAAAGAUAUAUUCGUUGA